AUGAAACUUUUGACUGCCAUCAGACUGCGAUCAUGCAAACACUCGUUUCUACCAACAGGACAAUCGCUUGGCUUUUCUCGCUUGUUGUCAACUGCCCGAGAAUGCAAUGUAGAAGCUUUGCACGGCAACGACAAAGGCAUCUUUGUCCUGACAUUGGAUCGUCCUGCAGCCAAGAAUGCUUUAGGUCGCACUCUCUUGUCACAGUUUCGUCAAUCCAUCAAUGAUCUACGUUUUAACGAUCAGGCUCGUGUGGUGAUUGUCAAGAGUGCAGUGGAUGGAGUGUUUUGUGCAGGAGCCGAUCUAAAGGAGCGAGCUCAGAUGCAACCGUCUGAAGUGGCAGCAUUUGUAAACUCACUUCGUGCAGCCUUUUCUGAACUAGAGUCGUUACCAAUGCCAACGAUUGCAGUGGUUGAUGGAUUUGCAUUAGGAGGUGGUCUUGAACUGGCUCUAUGCACCGAUCUGCGUGUCGGUGGACAAAAAGCCAAGGUUGGGCUUCCAGAAACGAAACUGGCAAUUAUUCCUGGUGCUGGUGGUACUCAGCGACUUUGUCGUUUGAUUGGAGUUUCUCGUGCCAAAGAGCUUAUUUUUACGAGUCGAGUCUUGACAUCGAGUGAAGCGUUUGAUUAUGGUAUUGUCAACUAUACAGUGAAUGAAUCAGCAUACUCUAAAGCACUCGAGGUUGCGCGUACAAUGAUUCCUAAUGGACCAGUUGCAAUGCGUAUGGCCAAGUUGGCAGUUCAUCAUGGAUCACAACUGGAUCUUGCAUCAGGUCUGGCAUUUGAACAAACUUGCUACGCCCAAGUGAUUCCGACGCAGGACCGAUUGGAAGGUCUUGCAGCAUUCAGAGAGAAACGAACACCAGUCUAUACUGGUCGUUGA